CGGGGAUUUGAUAAACUCACAAACGAAACAACUCAGGGAAGAAAACUCGAAAACCAAAACCAAACCGAUCAAAAAGAAAGAUCAUCAUUCACUACGGAUUGGGAGCUCGGCCAUGGCAGCUUCCGAUCCUAACAAGUUGAUGGCCAAAGCCGAUAAACUAACAAAACUCAGUCUCACAAGAUGGAGUGCUGAUUGGAAAAGUGCUACUGUCCUAUAUGAACAGGCUGCUAAUGCAUAUAGGGUUGCCAAGGAUUAUGAGAAAGCUAAAGAAGCGUUUGAAAAAGCUUCAAAAGGACAAGAGAUGAUCUCUUCACCCUGGGAUGCUGCUAAGCAUAUGGAGUCUGCUGGUGCUCUAGCAAAGGACCUAGGCAAGUGGAAUGAAGUUGCUGAUUUUUAUAGAAGGGCAUCUGAGUUAUAUAUUGUUUGUGGGAGAUCACAGCCUGCAUCAGAUGCUCUUGCAAGAGGGGCCCGUGCUUUGGAAGAUGCUAAACCUGAUGAAGCUAUUCAGCUGUACACUGAUGCUUGUGCUAUUCUUGAAGAGGAUGGAAGGGAGCAAAUGGCAUUUGAUCUAUAUCGUGCGGCCACAAGUGCUUACGUAAAACUUGAAAAAUAUACAGAUGCUGCAGCUUUUCUGUUACGAUUGGGCGUGGCUGCUGAUAAGUGCAAUGCUACAAAUAGCCAGUGCAAGGCAUAUCUUAGUGCAAUUAUUGUUUACCUUUACGCUCAUGAUUUCAAGCAAGCAGAGAAGUGCUACAAUGACUGUUCUCAGAUUGAUGCCUUUUUGAGAAGUGAUCAAUCUCGUUGUGCUAGCAAGUUUCUUUCUGCUUACACGGAAGGUGACAUUGAAGAAAUCAAACGCCUUGCUCAGUCAAGCACAAUUUCAAAUCUUGAUCACACGAUCAUUAAGCUAGCCAGAAAACUUCCUACAGGUGAUUUGAGUGGACUGAAGACCGAUGAUUCCAAGGAUCAAGAAGAACCACUGGAUGAAAAUGACCUUACUUAGCCUCGGGAAGAUGGUAAAACCUGAUUUAUAAUAGUUUUGACUUUACUAUGUUCAUUCCAUAUUUGUGAAAUUUUUUCUUGAAAACCCCGGGUGCUAUUUUUGUGCACAUUACUCAAUGAACAUGAGUUUGUAUUUGUGAACAAUGAUAGUUUGUAUUGUGAUCAAUGAUGUAAAGGAGAUGAUAAUAAAAACAUUUGCUCAGCUUUGUUUUGGUGUGAA